UUUUCGGGCUUAUUUGGAGGAAGGUACACAUAUCAAAGGGCCUCCUUUCACUCACUGUUAGACCCAGGAGCAAUAUUUCUUAUUCCUUCAGGACAAUCCCGCCCACUGUCACCUCUGAGCUGCAUAUAAGACAGCAGAACGGACCUGUUGAUAAGAACCUGGUGUCAAGACAAGCCUGACCAUGCGGUGUAAAGUCCUCAUCUUUGUUGUGCUCCUGGAUCUCAUAAAACAUGCUUCUUCUGAUGAAAUUCAGGCCAACCCGAACACAAAUGCAACCCUGCCUUGCAACAUCACCUUCCAAGGAAAUACAUUAAAUGUAUCUCUGAUCAGAGUCAGGUGGACAAGAAAUGCCUCGAGCAUUGCCAUGUUUGGAGGAGCAGAGGAGCAAAUUAAGGAGGGAUUCAGCUGGGAUCCCACUAAUUUCACCAAUGGGGACUUUUCACUAACCAUCAUGAGGGCCAGUCUCAGUCUGCAGGGGGUAUAUGAAUGCAAAGUUAGUUACAACUCCGAAGAUCUUCCCUCCACUAAUGUUACAUUUAGUAUUGUAGCGCCCCCUACGGUCUCUGUGCCUCAGAAGUGGGUUCUGUUAGAAAAAGAGACCGAGUUUGAGUGCUUUGCAAGUGGCUUCUGUCCCCCACCAGUGUUUUUUUCCUGGAGCAUAGAAGAACAAGUGAUAAAGCCUCCAAUACAGGUGGACGGCGAGCCUGGUCCUGAUGGAUUCUACACAGCUGUGGACAAACUGACCAACUUCUACCCUUCCAAAGAAAACCAGAAUGCCACCUUUAGCUGCAAAGUAUCACACAGUGGCAGCGAUCAUGAGCUAGAUUUCCAUCUCAAUGUCACCAAUCUCCCUUCUGUCAGACUCUCAGUUGUGCAGACUCGUUCCAGCAAUGCUCCUCUCACUCUUUACUGUGAUGUGGAGAGUUUCUACCCAGAAGAAGCAUCUGUGUCCUGGUUCCAGAAUGGCACAAUGCUUCCUGACCCUCCAGUUACCAACCAGAACAAUGAUCGGACCUACACAACCAGGCGGUAUUUCACUUUGAGUCCAGAGCAGAGGCAGCAAAGGGGCACGGUUGAGUGUGCGGUGAACCAACCAGGGGUGGUGGAUCCAGUCAGCACAUCAGCAGACCUGGAAAAACUGGAUCCUCAGGAUGAAGCUCCUGUGUUAACAAACGCAGCCAAAGCAUCCGUGGCUAUGAUGUGUAUCUCUAUUGUGUUGGUCUUCCUGCUUUGUUUCGGCUUUUCUUGGAGUAGAAGAGACGAGAAACAGAAGUCACUCACGGUGUCAAGAAUCAUCCUCCCGCCCCGUGUCAUUGUGGGUCAAAAGGGGAGGGUGAGCGUCAGCAUCGAGGGCAGACGGGUGGACAGGGUGCAGACCACAUGGUUUCUCAAUGACACUCCCAUCAGUGACACCUCACUUACAGGGACUUCCAGGUCUAACUUUAAUUGCCUUUACACUCCCCUAACCACCAUCCAUCUCCCCUCUGGUCUAACUCUCACCUCCCCAGCUUCAGAGAAAGGUCCUCUCCUGACCUCUAGAGGAGAGAUGGGGUACUACAAGCUGCACACUCAGGGGCCACUCCACUCCUCUGGGAAGGGGUCUCACCUGAUCUCCGCUCUCACCUUCGUCCCCCAAAUAUCUCUGCACAAGGGUGCUGUCUUUAAGUGUCAUGUUUCCUAUGUGGGCAAGGACAAGAUUGUGGAGGAAAGAGUGUCAGAGAGGUUUACUAUACUCUCUCCUCCAGAGGUUUCUGAGAUACAGCUGGCAGACACAGAAAAUAACCCAGAUGUCAUCAGCAUGACAGUUCGGGCGACACAGUUUCACCCAGAUGUCAUCACCUUCCGCUGGUUCUGUCAGGGCGGGGAGCUCAGCCCCGUGGCUUCCAAGGCCUCGUCGUCACCUCGGCCUAAUUCAGAGGGCUUCUUCUCCGCCUUCAGUCAGUGCAAACUUCCCCGGAGUGAGGUGGAAAAGGGAGCUACCAAGGUGUGGGUGAGCGUGCACCACAUCGCCCUGAAGCAGCCGAUCACCCGUGAGACUAGAGGCUUCAUCAAAAGACCAUGUGUGUCUGACCUCAUCAGCUUCACCAAUGCCUCUGAUCAGACCUUCAGUCUGGGAUGUGAGAUUACAGAUUUCUACCCCCCAAACAUUUCAGUCACUUGGCUGAAGCUUAGAGGUGGGGAGGAAGAUGACAGAGAAGAGGAGGUGAUAGAGGGAGGAGAGCUUUGGGGCCCCAUACAAACUCAACCCAGACUCUUCAGAGCAACAGCUACGCUAAAGAGAAAACCAAACCCUCAGGAGAAAAGGGACAAAGCGGGUGGUGUCACUUGUAGAGUCCAGCAUUGCUCCCUCAAAGAGCCAAUAGUGAAACACUGGAGAAACGGGGAAAAUGCUGCUCCGACCAUUCCUCCAUCGGUUUCAGUUUGUUGGAGCAGCGAAGGUGUUGGGGUGUUCUCCAUCGUGCUGAAAAGAGGGCAUCCAAAGGCCAAAAUACUCUGGGCAGCGGGGGGGCAUACACUCUCACCAUUAGUGUCCAGUGAGACAGAGGAGAUAGGAGAUGAUGGACAGAGAGAGCUGAAAAGUGUCUGCGCCCUGGAGAAGUCCACAAGUCUCCCAAGUUUACCUGAAAAGCUGUCAGAGAGACGCAGGAGUAGCCAAGCAAUAAAAACAAAAGCUGCCGUCACAGACCCCGACUCUGAAGAGAUACAAUACAUUGAUGAGAAAGUGGAUGGAGACAAUAAAGACAUGGACAGAUAUGAGGAAACUAUAUCAGAAGAGGAGGAGGAGGAGGACAGUUACAAAGAAGCAAAGGCCGACACAAGCGCGCUCCACAUCAACAAGGUCAACCUGAGGGCGGAUCUCAGAGAGAGCGAGAAGUCGUGCCUGAGAGUGUGUGUGGAGAUCACACACCCUGCACUCCACAUUCCAGUUUAUCGAACCUGGACAGAGGCCAAUGAGGAAAUUUCAUCCUCCGCAUGAAGAAGACCCUCAACAUAACUUCCUUAUUUUCCUUCACUUCUACUGUAUCUAAUAUUUAUCUACAAGACAUAACAUAAAUCACAUUAUGCA